UUCUCCUGCCCACACAACUCAAACAAUACAGAAUGCGUUUACUGAUCACCGUGUUGUUUGCGUCUACGGUAUGGGGAUACCGACAUUUCCAGGACGAGAUUCCAAAUGGUGGAAAUGUGCUUAACCCAUGUAAGAACAACGACAUCUGGGGAGGCUUGGGCCACCGGAACCCCCGCGGAGGAGGGAUCUUUAAUCCUUUUGGUGUGGACUUCAAGAAUGCUGGGAUGAAGUGGACAAAAGCCCUGUGUGAGAUGGACUCUGACGGGGAUGGAAUAACUAACGGGGAGGAACUGGGGGACCCGGAUUGUAUGUGGACAAAAGGAAACACCCCAACGGUCACACUCGGCAUAGGUCACCCCGGUAUUUGCACCCCACGAUCGGCUCCCGCCUGUCAAGCAGUUAACAGCUGGAUCGACUGUGAGAUCAAAGGUCCGCAAUGCGAUGCACUUAAGGAAGAUGGAAUUAAAAGCAUCACGGUGAGGCUUCCCGAGACAGUGGUGCCAGCUGUAGAGACAAACUACUACUGUAUGUUUGCUGAACUGCCGACAGAUGGCGACUACCAUUUGGUUGGCUUCGAAUCACAAAUCGACAAUACUGAUAUCAAUCAUCACAUUAUUCUGUUCGGAUGUGAAUCAACAGAGAAGACGAGCUUCGCGAUAAACAAUCCUCAUCCCUGUGGAAUGAAAAGUAUACCAGAGUGUAGAACCAUGCUGGGAGUUUGGAACUUCGGCACUCCUGUAAAAUGUAUGCACGAAGACAGUGGCUUCAGGAUUGGAAAAAAUGGGUUCAAAUAUGCAUACCUUCAGUUCCAUUGGAACAAUCCCCAACUUCGCACUGACUACACCGAUAGCUCCGGACUGAAGUUGUACUACACACCCAAUCGCCGGCCACAUAACGCUAGAAUGUGGACGGUCGGCUCAUCGUACUUUGAGAUUCCUCCUGGUGAAGAGGAAUUUGAAGUAGAAGCAUGGUGUAGGAAUGACUGUACCUCGCGAUACUUGUCUGGACCAGUCUACAUCACAAGGGCAGAGAAUCACAUGCACUACCUCGGACGUAAGCAAAAGAUCCAGCACUACAGGAACGGAGUAUGGAUCAGGGAUAUAACCAAUGACAUGUAUGACUUCAAUUCUUUUGCUGACUAUGCAUUUACGACUCCUAUCGAAGUGAAGCCUGGGGAUGAAAUCAAGAGCACAUGUACUUUCCGAUCUGUUGGUAGAAACAAGACCACGCGCUUUGGAGAAGAUUCAUCACAUGAAAUGUGUUUCGGUUUUCUAGUUAUCCAUCCGCUUGAAAACUUGAAGGUUCAAGAUUGCUUGUCAUGGAGGGAGCUAGAUACAUGCAAAAUAUAUGAUUUUUCAUCAGAUUUCCCGGUGAUAGACGGCUGCCAUUAUAAAACACUUUUGAACCCAUUUCACCCAGACCUCAUUGCUCUCAUUUCCAACCUCAGAUCACUCUGCAGAUCUUUCGAUGUUUGUACUCAAGAAUGCAAACACUAUGUCAGAGGUCUACUGGCGAGUAACAAGUGUUUCAGUGGGGUCAUAAGCGACUUUUUGAAGUACUAUACCAUAAGUCAGGCACCAUACUUUAUGGAGGUAUGGGCAGCCCUCGACUCGUGUAAAACAGAGUUAGAAAUGGAGGAUUGUCAGGAACAAUGUGAUUCUGCGAAGUAGAGCGACAUGACCUUUAAUCGUGGACAGAAUCACGGUCGAUUGGACAACAACAGAUGAUAUGUACCGUAAAUUACAGAACAUUUGCCUGUUUACAAAUUCAAUAUUCCAUAUUACGUAAAAGACUGAAUUGCAAUAAGUUUAUCAAAAUUUGAAGUCAAUAUUAAAUGGAUUAAAAGUAUAAAA